UCCGGGCGCUCUUGAACGUCCCCCGGCUCUCAUUGUGCAGCCGAGGAAAGGUUUCGACGACGUCGGUAUGAAAUGGCAGAAAUUGGCCGUGUCGCGGAAGCACCGAGAUUAGGCUACGUAGGAGCUACACAUGUUUGUUGUGUUGACCCCGGCCUGCUGAACUGAGAGCUAACGGGAGUGCUUUUGAGGGGGUUAAACGUGGAUUAAAGACCACCAGGAUUUCCUGCCUUAAAAACCCGUCCAGCUUGCGUCUGAGGGAGGGUGCAGGCGGCGGCUGCAGGUCGACAGUGCUGGAAUUAACCGGAGAGCGAUCGUGAGAGGGUUUCCCUUUUUGGAUGCCCAGCUGGAGUGCUUUACCAAGGUUUCAUCAUGAACCGGAACAAGCGUGAAAAGGAGUAUUACAGCAUAGAUGUCGGGGAUUCAACUUUUACAGUCUUGAAGCGCUACCAGAACCUCAGACCCAUUGGAUCUGGAGCUCAAGGAAUUGUCUGCUCAGCGUAUGACCAUAACCUGGAGAGGAACGUUGCCAUCAAGAAGCUGAGCCGGCCUUUUCAGAAUCAAACCCAUGCCAAACGGGCCUACAGAGAACUGGUGCUCAUGAAAUGCGUCAACCACAAGAAUAUCAUUGGUUUAUUAAACGUAUUCACACCACAGAAGACACUGGAGGAGUUCCAAGAUGUGUAUCUAGUGAUGGAGCUGAUGGACGCCAACCUCUGUCAGGUGAUUCAGAUGGAGCUGGACCAUGAGAGGCUGUCCUACCUGCUCUACCAGAUGCUGUGUGGAAUUAAACACCUGCACGCUGCAGGCAUCAUACACCGGGACCUGAAGCCCAGCAACAUUGUAGUAAAGUCUGACUGCACGCUGAAGAUCCUGGAUUUUGGCCUGGCCAGGACAGCUGCCACUGGCCUGCUUAUGACGCCCUACGUAGUGACCCGCUAUUACCGCGCCCCUGAAGUUAUCCUUGGCAUGGGUUACCAGGCCAAUGUGGAUAUUUGGGCUGUGGGCUGCAUUAUGGCAGAAAUGGUUCGCCACAAAAUCCUUUUUCCUGGAAGGGAUUAUAUUGAUCAGUGGAACAAGGUGAUCGAGCAACUGGGGACGCCGUCUCAGGAGUUCCUCAUGAAGCUCAACCAGUCAGUGAGAACCUAUGUGGAGAACCGGCCGCGUUACGCUGGCUACAGUUUUGAGAAGCUCUUCCCUGAUGUCCUGUUUCCUGCAGACUCUGAACACAACAAGCUGAAAGCAAGCCAAGCCAGGGACCUACUUUCCAAAAUGUUGGUAAUAGAUGCUUCCAAGCGGAUCUCUGUGGACGAGGCUCUCCAGCACCCUUACAUUAAUGUGUGGUACGAUCCGACUGAAGUGGAGGCACCACCACCGGCGAUCACAGACAAGCAGCUGGAUGAGCGAGAGCACACAGUGGAGGAGUGGAAAGAGUUGAUAUAUAAAGAAGUGCUGGACUGGGAGGAAAGGACAAAGAAUGGCGUCAUCAGGGGACAGCCUGCAUCUAUAGGUGCAGCAAUAAGCAGCAGCCCUCAACAGCACCACCAGCACCAGCCCUCCACAUCCACCAAUGACGUCUCCUACAUGUCCUCUGACCCGUCCCUGACUGACACGGACAGCAGCCUGGAGACGGCCAGCACCGUCGGCGGCACCGUUGCUACGGCCAGCGGCCCUGUGGGCUGCUGCAGAUGACUAUCAUCCUCUCCUCCUGGUCCUGGCACCAGUCCUACUUUGUGGUCACACCUUUGGACCACCAGCUUAAUACUGGUGCUUGUUCCACCCAUAGUACCUUCCUCCUCUUCGUGCUUGUCUCCAGUAGUAUAGCGUAUUAGUCAGAUAGCUGUUUAAGAAAUCGGGUCUUUGUCCUGUUUUCUUUUAAAAUAAUUAUCCGUAGUCUUAAUUGUUUUCAAAAUAUCAUUUAUUUUUUGUCCAUAAUUUAUUGUUUCAUUUUUUUAUUUUUCAGAAACCAAUAAUGGCUAUCAAAUUUUUAUUUCAGUUUGUACUGACAGUAAGAUCUGUAAUAUAUCAUAAUCUGAUCUGUUUUUAUUUUGAAAGAUCUUUUGGGUGUUUUUACCUGUAAACUAAUGCUUUUACAACUUGCCAUAUAAUUGUAGAUUACAUUCAUACAGAUUCAACAGUCGUUAGUUUCAACUUCAAUAUGAACUUUCAGUGAGCCAUUGAAACCUAAUUUCAUUUCCAAAUGCAUCGCCUUGGAUCUUCCCUUAUAUGGUUUUGUCUAAAAUAUGGAUAUACAUUUUAUUUGUUGUACAUGACAUAUCCAUUUAUUGGAAACAAGGUAAUUUAGAUUAAUGUGUAAAACAGAAAAUACUGCUCAUGAGUACUGCUUUAUAAUUUUCAUAUUUUUCACUUCCAAUUUGAAAGAAUGCUGAGAUUUAGUUGAUUAUCCUUUGUCAUAUUUAAACUAAAGGAGGGAACAUGUCAGUUAAGCAGAAGGAAUUCCUUCUUUAUUUAUAAGUGCUUUAAAGUUCCUCUUUUGUCCAAGCAAGCAGUCAAAGUGGCAGUGUGGAUAGACCCAGUUAGGUGGAACAGUUCUGGUUACAGAUCUGGACUUUGGAAUGAUCCUUUAUUGUGCUUUGAGAGCUUCAUUUAGAAAUGUGGAGUUGUGUGAGGUUUGUGAAGUUGGUGAUGGUGAAACUAGAAUGUUCUUCAGUCAAGUAGGGAAUCAUGGUAUUGGGAAACUAGGCAAACGUGUGGUGCAUCUCAAUAAAUUUGAAUAUAAUCAAAAGAUAAUUUAAUUCAGUAAUUAAAUUCAAAAAGUGAAACUCUUAUUCAAUAGAUAAAUUAUACACCGAGUGCUAUGUUAAAGUGUUUAAUUCUUUUCGUUUUGAUGAUUAUGGUUUACAGCUAAUGGAAAUUGUUCAGAACUCUUUUUGCAUAUAUUACUCCAUCAAUGCAGUAUGGCAUGAAGGUGAUCAGCCUGUAGCACUGCUAGUGUUAAGGAAGCCUGGUUCCUUUAAGAGCUGUCUUCAGCUAGCCUGCAUUUUUGACUCUACUGUCUCAUUUUACUCUUGACAGUACCCCAUAGAUUCUCUACGUCUCUAUGCCAAGUCCUAUACCAAGGAAAAUAAAAUCUGCAACUUUUUCUGCCGGGGUUUUUAACUUCCACUGAACCUUCCAUAAACAUGCUUCGUUACUCUGAGCAGCUAGCUUGUUUAGAAGUGACCAUUUGUGGCUUAAGCUCCUUGUUGAGGGUGUUUUUGCCUCACUGCUGGAUAAGUAUUAGGUCAGCAGUUAUCCCUGUGAUUAUGUAGGCUAUAACAUGGCCAUAACAUAAACAUAACAGUGUGUGUCACAAAUCUAUAUAAAACACAAGUUUUUAAAUUGAAUUAUCUAAAUACAUUUUCAAAGAUAUUCUAAUUUAUAGAGUUGCACCUGUAUUUGGAGUCAUGCAGGGAGAGUUAUUCGGUUUUGUGGGAAUUGCAGCUUCAACUACUUGUGAAAUUGAAAAUAAGAAAGUGAUUUGUGAGUUGGCCAAACAGACAACCUAUUCUUAUUGAAUGCAAUAAUGCCGCCCUCUUUAAAGUGUGUUUGAUCUUGGUUUUGGAAAGGUAAAGUGCCUGUUUGUCAUUCAUUCCCGUGUCUGCUGGAGGGGUAUGUGUUAAUUAUGUGUAAGCCUUUCUGGUGUCUUGAUAACAGUUUCUGUGUCAAAACAAUAAUGUGUGGUGGGGUUGUGGUUGUCACAAAUGUAUAAUGUAUAUUUUUUUACUUGUUUUAAGUUUUUGCCCUGGAGCAGGAGAGUGUCAUCUUGCAGGUUUAAACGAAAAAUGUAUGCAGAAACUGAGGAGAUUAAGCAAGUGUUUAAGUCGUUUCAGAGGUCUUUCAUCAAAGUGAAAAGAAGUCUCUGUUUGCAAUGACAGUGAGCAGAACAUGUUAAAAACACAUUUUCUAUGAUUUCCUUUGGGUUAUUUUCAGAUGUUUGGAUUGGUAGAGAGACAUUUCUUAACUUUCUAAAUUGAUGUAUAUUACUGGAUUAAGCAGUUUCUGUUGGAAAUAACCUUUAAUGGCUGAGUUACAAAAACCCUGUGAAAGACAGACCCAGUGAUUCUGACUGAGAAAAAGUAACCUAACCAUUAUGGGUUGGCUGUUUUCCUACAGCAAAUUUGGCUGCCAAGUGAUAAGGUUAUCUUCACACUGUAGAGUACGCUGUACCUCUUUGUUGUGAUUGGUUUUGACAUCUAGUUGUCAUCUGGAAAAUGUCAAGCUUUGACACUGAUGGAACCAUCGGCUUGUGUGUUGCUGCAGCAGACUUUCUUUUCUGUUCUGAGUUAGUCUCAGUCCUAAGACUAUCAUGUCUAUGACAAUAUCUGUGUCAAAAAAGCUGACAUAUUUAAAUCUAAAGUUACUAAAUCGGGUUGCAUCAAUAAAACUUCACAUGUCCUCUAGAGUAAAUACACUAGAUAAUAAUUAGCACCCUUAUCAUGUCUGUUAACCUGUAAUAAAGUCAUUAUCUGUUAUGUAAAAGAAAAAAAGAGAACUGUAAAUCCCAGUUACUCUGAAAACAGUAAUUUUUAUUAGUUUGAAAUGCCUGGCUAAAUUUAUAACUUAGUAUAUGUGAUUUUUUUUAAAACAUUUUCUUUUAUUUUAAUAUGCUUUGAAAUACUUAGUUUACAAAGUACCAUUUGUAAUGUUAUUUUUUAACGAGGCAAGAGAAAAUAUCCCACAGUUAUUUGAUGUUAGUAGCACAUGAGCAAACACAAAAAAACACAGACUGCAAAAAGAUUAACUUCCUAUAGUUUCAUAAUUCUUAUUUAUCUAGCUUUAAGUUUGUUCAAAAGAUAGCUGUAUGAAAGGAUUCUUGCUUUCUAAUGAUUUUUAACCAGAAAUGAAAGUGAAAAUAACUUCUCUCUUUUUACAAAGGUGGCAAAUUUCAUGAAUCAGUAAAACUUCACAACAGAUACAGGGACAACCGAUUGAUAUUAGCUCGCAACAAACCAUGCCAAAAUAUAUCUUUACUUCUAUACUGAUGGAUGAGUUAUUUGUUAUAUGAAGUACUGAUAUUUUGUGAUUCAAAUCUUUUUGUGAGAAACAGGGUUAGCAAUACCCAGUUAUACAUAAUGUCAGUAGCUAGUGGGAUUUAAUCUUUUAUUAUGUCAUUAUGUAAUAAGUUAGUAAUUGUUUGUUGGCAAAUUGUUAGCUUGUCAGCUAGCUCCAAAACCAAAAAACAGAUAAAACAAAUAGUGUCUUCCUGCAAAGUGACUGUGUUUACUGUUUCACUGUGCAGCACCACAUAUUAGCUUGUCAGCUAGCUCCGAAACAUUUAACACUAUAAUGAAACAGUUGUCAAAUAGCAAUCCCCACCACAUACAAGAAGAAAAACAUUGCCUUUAUGGGUUUGCCACAUUAGUUAAGCAAACAGUAUGUCAGCAGCUUUUCAUUGUUUUUAAGUUUUUUAAAUAUAAUAAGUUUACAAGUUAAUUAUACUGCUUUAUAUGCAUUAACUAGCAGGUUCUGUUCAACAUCGAAAAAACAUGGUCAAACACUGGUUAUGCUGAAACGCUGGGCAACUGUUUAUAUAACAAGAAACUGUAAGGUGCUAAGAUCUUUAAUAGCAGAUUUUACUUUGUCAAUGUAUUUUCUUUCUUUUUGUUAACUGGUGAAAGGUAAAAUAUCUUAGAAAUAACAGAAAGCGUAUUCUUAGCAGCACAGGUGUUAAAGCAAAGCUUCAGCAUUGUCACUGAAUUAUAUUACAUUUGAACAGUGAUGUAUAGCAAGCAGAAUGCUACGAAAUAGCAGUUCAAUUUUUAAAAAAAGGGAUUGCCUCGUAGCGAGUUUAUUUGGUGCAACCCGUUUUAAAAGAAUGCUGCGAAUCACGCAACUUUGAUGCCCGUGGAGCCAAAUCCAUAAAUUAGAAAACUGCAGGAGUUACUGUAGUUUCUGGUUAUAAUAAAGUAUAAGUUUCCAGUAAUAAAUAAAAAAGUAGAAACAAACAGUGGCAUUUGUUCAGUACUGAUAUUAGCUAAGAGGGAAAAAAGUGGAUAAGAAAAAGUUUUAUUGUCGGAAGUGCUCUUAAUUGUUUUAACCCAACAUUAGGGGCAUCAAUUUGAGAUAAAUACAUAUCCAUGGUAUCAUUUUUUUUACGUUGUUGUUCUAGUAGUAUUAUUUCAUCUCUAAACAAAUCUACUCUGAUUUUAGUUGACUUUGAUGAACUACCUCAUGCUGAAUUUCUGUCAGUUCUUGGUAAUAUUGUGUCACCUGCAGAAUGAGCUUUCAAAGGUGUGUGAAUAACAGAUUCCAUUAUUUAUUUAUUUGAAAGUGUACUAUUUGUCAGUUUCAAGCAGACUUCUAGAUUUGUACAUUAUGUAUACUUCACCCAGAAGUAAAAUAAUUGUUGUAUCAUUACCUUUUCUUUUACUAAAUGUGCAAUACCUUCAGCAAAGUGUGCUAGUUGUAUGUAUAGAUUUAGCAUUUGUUAGCAUUCUCCUGAAGGUAAAGAAAAUGUUUGGUACUGUCAAUCCAUGUUUUAAUUUUUUUUGUUUUUUACAGAUAGGAUCGAUUUUUAUUUGUGACUUGUUUUAUAGUUAUGUUACGUAAUCUGUCACACCCACCGAAAACCUUUGUCAGGGUUUGAUGGAGAGACUGAUGUUUCUUUGACUUACCCUGGCCAGAUAGAUUUUUGAUGUGGGCUGUAUUAGUAUAAGAUGCACAAAAAAGUGAGUAAAUGCCCACAGGAAAUCGUUAUAUCAUACUAUGGUGCUGGUUUAUAAUGUUUGCCAGUAAAUCCAGCCAUGCUACUAGUUUUAAGAAUUCCUGGAUCUGUGUAUUCCCAAUGGAAAAAGUGCGCUAACAGAAAACAUGCACUGGGAUCUUGUGAUGCCACCUCAUAAAAAAUGGAAAGAACAUUACUGCAAAUAAAGAAAUACACUUUG